GUCAAUUUUAAUUGAAGUUUUGAAGAGAAAAUGAGUAAGAUUUGAGGUCUAAGAGAUAAUUCUAGUAUUUGAGGAACAUGGAUAUACAAAGCGUUUAAGUGAGUGAGUAUAUGUAAAAGUGAGUGAUGUCAAAUGUAACCUGAUCCGAGUAACCCGCCCGAUCAACCCGACCCGUAAUCCGAUUUGACUAAAAGUCAAUGACCCGUAACCGGCCCGACCCGCAACCCCGAUCGACCCGUAAUCCGACCAACCCACAAACCUGGUCGACCCAUAAUCCGAUCAACCCGCAAUCCGAUCGACCCGCAACCCGUAUGUAACACCUUAGGCGAAUCCCACAUUGACAAAGCACGGGAGAGAUCCAUGGUUCAUAAGUAGGAAACCAACCUUAACUGACAAGAAGCGUUUUGGGGUGAAACGAAGGAGUUCUUGUGAGAACUCCGAAGUUAAACGUGUGUUGUGUGGAGUACAACAAGGAUGGGUGACCUUAUGGGAAGUCACCCUGAAUUGCACCCCAAGUCGAAAACCGUGAGGGUAGAGGCCCAAAGCGGACAAUAUCUUCGUCGGGAAAAGGUUCGGGAUGUUACACCGACUAACCCGAACCCGUAACCCGACCAACCCGCAGCCCGACUAUAUUAGAAGGAAUUCGAUGAAGAUAAACUAUAAGUUGACAUUUGAAAUCCUAGUUCACUAAAGUCUGAUCAUUACAUCAUCAAUUAUUAACUUAGUAUAAUAAAUUAAUAAUGUACAUCAUCAACCUAUUAACGCAUAUAACAUAAUCAAAUAUUGAUUUAGAUACAUCAUCAACCUAAUAGUGCACAUAACAUUAUUAAUUUAGCACAAUAAGAUAAUUAUAAGAUUUAAAAUCCAAAUAUCAUGGUCCUAUCAUAAAAAAGACUAAUAAUAGUUCACAAAAGUCUGAUCAUAAGCAACUCCAAAUCACACCACUUAGGGGUAUGAUCUGAAGAGUGAAGAAGAGUUUUAAAAACUCCAAGUUAGUGAACAAUAGAGCGCGGCCUUGCUACGAAAAAAUUGGAAGUUUUUGAGCUACCAAAAUUAAUCCCGCUUCAUUUUUCAUCUUCCCUCCCACCGGAACCAAAAACAGCUCGCUUUUUCACAUUUUCCAUUCUUUACAUUUUCUCGUAGCGCUCCAAAAUUAUAAGCAAAAUUUUUUAUUAUGGAGCCAAAUAUUCGGCAACUAAAAUAGCAGGCGGCAAAUUUUGUGGGCGGCAAAAAUGGAGCAAAAUUUUGGUCAGAAAAAUUAAAGUGUCUCAAUUCUUAUAGAGUUUUUUUCCCCAAGUAAUAUCAAAAUACAAUAGUUAAAUCCUCUACCCAAAACCCCAAAAAGACAGUUAGUGGAGCCACCCUACAAAAUCGAAGGACGCUAUCUCUACAGGGGACAACAGCAGGACUUGUCUUGCCACUCUACGGGCAGCCCAGUUGACAGUCCACGGGACCGAACUAAAGAGAAUACAUGAAGAACCAGAUCUCAACAACUGAAAACAAUCACGAAGUAAGGGCCUUCCACCGAGUCUUCACAGCAUCUACCAUCAAGUUGCCAGAUAACCACUUCAGAAUGACCUUCGAUGAUGGCGUGGGGAAUAGUGCGAGAAAGCACCAAAGAGAUGGCAUCCCUGGCGGCCAACAGCUCUGCAAGAUAAGGAUUCGAAAUCCCUGGAUGGUGGAAUCCCAAGGCCAAAAGACUUGCCCAUCCGAUCCUCAAAUUAUGAGUUUUGUUUUUUUGGAGUCCCAACUUUAAAGUCGUGUGGUCCAAAAAAUGAGGGAGAAGACUUUGAGUAUAAAUUUCAUUUUAUAGAAUAAUGAGAGUUAUCACCCGAUUGACCCGUAACCAGAUUGACCCGCAAAAAGUAACGCGAUGUGCUGGUCCGUAAAACUUGCAACCCGACCCGCAACCCGAGUGACCCGUAACCCGCAACCUGAAUGAACCCAGCCCGAGCCCGCCCGAUUGACACCUCUAUGUAAAGGGGAUUGCUAUUUGUCGCCCUAAAAUUUUCUUAUUUGUCGCCCUAAUUAAAUUACAUUUACUCU